UAUUAGCUGGCUGCUAUGUCUUGUGAUGUUGACCUUGUUAGAAAAGUUGUUUAACAGUUUUACGAGAUCAAUAUUAAUACCUCUGUUAGUGUUUCCAUUUACUUUAAGGUUACAUGUAAAAUACAAAUGACUAGAACUGUAUGAAUAAAUGUAUGACUUGUUUCACUGAGUCUUACCUGCUGACCCCAGGCCUUCUUCACAGAAGAUAUUUCAACUCGUCACAGUAGAAAGAGCAUGUAAAGUGAAAGUAUACUGGCUCACUGUGAUGAAUACGAGAGAAGCUUUGUUUAGUAACAUCUGUGCUUUUACUGCUAUAAAAAAUUAAAGUGUCUGCUGUGGAAAAAAGCAGUCGGGGAUUAACGCCAUUGCUAAAGGUUCACCACCUCAGUCAUCAUUCAUUGUACUGCUGGCGGGGAAGUCCAGCUGGCAGCCGUCGUAAACCAGCUUCUUUCACUUUUAUUUCUAUCGGCAGUCGUCAUUUUGGGAAAAACCACAAAAUGUCAAAUUUAAUGAUGGGUUCCAGUUUUUUCAAGUCCAUCUUUUUAAGACACUGACAUGCCCGUACUGCACAGUGGAACAGUUUUGGUAAUUGUCCUGUCUAUACAGGCAAUUUUAAGUGAUGGGGAAUAAAAACCACAAUCUCCGCUCCAAGCAAAAAUGCAUGUCCGGUGUGUAAGAUGUAGGGAGUUCUAUUUACAGAAUAUGUAAAUCAUUUGCACAGCACAUGUUUUUCUAAACCAUAGGCCAUUCAUGUUUUAUUUUGCAUUUCACUGCCACCAGGUGAAGAUGUUCCAGUUAGCAACUACACUGCUAGAUGUCAUUAAAUCCUAGACACUGGUCCUUUUUAAGUUUUAGUGUUUUAAAUAUAUAGAUUUUGUUCUUGGUACCACAGGGGUUUUAGACCACCGGGAAGAGGAGGUUUUCAGGGGAUUUAGGGGGGAAUGCUGAUGGGGAGCCGAGCUACUGUCAUGCCAGAACUGGAGCUGGCCUUCUCUCUGAAGAUAUGGUAAAAAAUGAAAAACAAUCUUAUUUAAAAUCUGUUUACUUCUUUAGAAGUAGAAAGUCAGAUGUGCGUGCAAUGUGCGUAUGUUGUGGUGAAAACUACCUUUUUAGUGAAAUUCAACUGAACAGCUUCCUUUGUUUAGUUUGGUCCGAUUGAUAUCCAAAUAAACAAUUACGCUGAAAAUAGCACAGGAGGCAUCUAGCAUGUCUGUACAGGACAAGCUGGUUACAGGGAAAUGGUUCAUUCAGGGUGUUACGGGGAAUGUAGCACAGGUUACGUGACUUAGUUCAGCGGACUCUUAGUUUAGCUGACUCACAUGUUUAUACACCCAUGCUUUAAACAUACAGUUCUGUUCUGUCACUGCAACUUAUUUACUUUUAGGUUUUUGUAACUGAUCCAGAAUUUAAAGAUGUUAAAAGGACUAUUUUCAGCUUGUUUUUAAUAUACAGCAUCCACUUUAACAACCGACUUUGAAUGUAGAAAAUUGUAAGGAUGUUAAUAAUUACACCCUAAUCCACAAGUUGCCGUUUAAAAACUUCUACGUGCUGACUGCGUGGAAGCAUAAUAACAUAAUUUGCGAGUAGAGUACAGUAAGUUGGGAUCAAGAGACUCCAAUCUGUCAUUUUCUGUCUUGUGUGUCCUGGUAACCUUCACAUCACCAAGGGUUUAAUUACUGCUGAGCAAACCACAGAGAUGCCUCAUGGGGAGGGGAGAUGAGAGAGAGACGAGGUCGAGUAAAAUCAGGUGAGACGGAGCAAAAACAGGAAGUUGUAAGCGAGCCAAGCUCAGACACGUAGCAGCAGAAUAUUGAGAUAAGAGACCUGAGUGAAGAGAGGGGAGGAAGACACCCUGCCAGGAUGAGAUCUGCACCAACAUGAGUAUGAACUGUGAGAGGGGAAGUACCUGGGUCGGAGGUGGGCAUCAAAGUGUGCUCUGAUCAAAGGAGUGUGUGGUGGCUUGGUAUUUAUUUCUUAACUUGCUGGACUCAGAUGAUCGUGCAGAGCAGCACACACCACAUGGACUGUGAUUAUUCUGUUAAAUAUUCAUCCACAAGUUACAUCUUGCCAUCACUGAGCUCCCAAGCCAACUCCAUCCACCACCAACCCCCCCGCCAUGACAGGGGAUGUUGUCCAAGCUCCCCAGCAGGGGGACCCAGCUGCUGCAACACCCAGUCCUGGCACCACCCCUGGAGACCCCAUGGAUGUAGAAUGUCCCAUCUGCUACCAGGAGUACAACCAGUACAACAAAUGCCCCCGGAUGCUAGAGUGCCUCCAUGUUUUUUGCACAGAGUGCCUCCAGAGGAUCCAGCUCUGCCCAUGCGAACCCGCCGACCCCCGCAGCCCAUCAGCCAUCCCAUGCCCCCUCUGCCGCCACCUCACCCCUCUGGAGGCCGGUGAUGCCGUCUCCUUGCCCUGUAACUCCAGCAUCCUGGCCAGGCUGCCCCCCGUGGCUUUCCGCCUGCCUGUGACCAUGUCAACCCACCUGGCCAGGGUCACCCAGAGAGUGGUGCUCUCCCUGGAAGGCGACAGCAGGGACACCCGCUUCAUUAUCCUGCCCACCGUCAGCCUGCGGGUGCAGCAGAUGCACCCAGACAGCCUGUACGGCACGGCGCCAGGCCUGGUGGGUGAAGAGGAAGUCAUACAGCAGAGCAGGAAAACGCUGUUCUGUGUGCAGCUGCUGGCUGUCGUCUUCUGGGUGCUGUUUGUGAUCACCUGCGUGGUCGGGGUGGUGUUUGGGCCACAUUUCCUGAACAGGAAACUCUGACAGAAGGCAGGGUUUAUCUUCUUUUUAAAGCAGGUGUAGUUAUUUAUAUAAAGUCAUGAUAGAAGCUACAGGAAAAUGAUUUUAGUUAUAUUUUUAUGAGUAUAUUUUAAAGUGUCAUUAUGGGACCAAUUCUCCUUUAAUUUCUAAAUAGCACCACUCACACCAAUCCUUCCUCACUGUACUGCAUAAAUGUAACUCUUUUAUUAAUGAUAGACUGAUGAAGAGUUCCCUCUAGUGGUUUAUCCUGAAAUUAAAGGGCUGGAUUAAAAACUAAAUGUGCUUUCUUCUCCUUAUACAGCUGAUGACGGUCCUGCCAAUUCAUAAACAGAAUAAAGGUGGCCUACAUAACACAUUAAACCGUGUCACAGGUGUGUACAUUUAGAAUACUCUGUGCUCCUGGAUAUAUAUUUAAUUUAAUAACUGUCAAUGGCGGCAAAACAAUGCCGUCUUAUGUGGGUAACAGUGUUUGGCAGGCUGUCGGAUUGGAUAAUGUGUUUCCUUCUCUGUGUACUUUCUUUAUUAACUGUAUGAAUCUCUUUUGUGUUUCUUAAUGGCGAUUGACUGAUCUAUUUAUCCCUGUUCAUAAGUUAAAGUGGCCCACAAUCUGAUAACUUGGUUCCUAUUGAGCGUUUGUAGUAAUUAGGUGAAAAACUUUGUGAAUCUGCAUCAUGUAAAUUUUGCUAACCAAGACAGAACUCAUCUUGAUGCCUCAAUUCAAAGUAAUACUUUUACCUGUCAGCUUAAUUGUAGUACUUUUUACUUCAUUACAUCUGUCAUUAAAGCUGUAGUUACACAUGUUUUAAAGGUUUUAAUGAAGUAUGACGCCUUAUUUGAAUGAAUAGUUACAUCACUAUAAUAAAAAUAAACAACAUUAAUACAUUAAUUUACUGAUUUAAUUAGUGAUUAUUACUGUUUCCCCCUUCUCUCCUCUCCUGCACAUUCCUCUGCUCAUACUUGUGAAUACACAGCACACUUUCAUAUACAUAAACAUACAAACAUGAAAUAUUUAUAUGUUGUUCUCCCACUAAAUAAUUAUUAAUCUGCACCAAAUUCAAAUCAUAACCUGCUUUUAUGUUUUACUGUGUUGAUUAUAGCCUGUAUAUUUUCUCCCAUCUAUGUCUGUUUGAGUUGUUUGCUUUGUUGUACUACGUCCCACUGCACUUAUAACAUUUGAUAUGCUGUUUGUUUGUUUUUUACAUCAAUGUGACAGAAAAAACUUUAUUUUACUUCUAAUAAAUAAGAUUUG